UCAAAUUCUUUUGUUACCAAACAAUGUAUAAACUCGUUCUUCUUCUUCCAGUUCCAAAUUUUGAAUUUUCAGAAGAAGCGGAAGCAAAAGCAAAGAGAAAUAGAGAGUGUUCGAAAUCGAAAGCACAACAAUGGCUCCAUCAAACACCACGCCGCGUUCGAUCUCACAAGAAGCAUUCAACGAACUAGUACAAGAAAACAUCGACGAUCUCGGAAUGGAACCUUCCGAAGCUCUCCAAGACGCAAUCGAAACCCUCACUCUCCAAGGCGUCGAUCUCUCAGGCAUCGUGACAUCCGCUCCGGGAGAAAGUAAUCCGGUGAUAGAAUGCUUGGAAAAUAUGAAACGGUUAGAGUCUAAAACGGAUGCAUUGGAUGAUGAAACGGUGGAAGUGUUUGAUAAACUCACCGAGUUGUGUGGUGACGCUGGAAAUGGAAAUGCUUCUAUUGCUACCAAAAAUGGCGGUGUUCAAUUGAUUUGUUCUUUUUGUUCUAAGAUAACCAGUGAUGCUGGAUCUCACCGCGCUCUUCUUUCUGCUUUGAAUGCUUUGGCGUUGUUGCUUCAUGAUGUUCAAAGUACAGGAACGUUCCAUAACAGUAAUGGACCAAGGAUUAUAGUUGGUAUCAUAAAUGAUAACAAGCAAAACAUAGAUGUCUUAAAUAGUAGCUUUCGCGUUGUGGCUUCAGCUGCAACUGGUGAUGAAAUUGUCAAGGAGUCAUUUAUGGAAUUGAAGGUUGAUGAGCUAAUUGUGGAGAUGAUGUCCAUACAUAAGAACCCUGGCAUUCAAAGCUUAUAUGAGGCUAUUCGAGUACUUUUGACGCCUGAUGACAAUCGUGUUGUUGCUUCUCAAGUAUAUGGAUAUGCACGAAAGUUCGCUAAGAUUGGAAUUACAGAUGCCCUUGUGGAUUCUCUGCACACAGGACUUGGCUCCACUGACCUGGUUUCAGCAUGCAUCACUUUAAAGGCCAUUGCAGUAAAUGAUGAAAUAUGUAAAUCUAUUGCUGAAAAAGGUGGUAUUGAUAUAGUACUCAGAUGUAUAGAUGACAGUGGUGAACAAGGCAACAAAGAUGUCGCAAAAGUUUGUUGCUCAUUACUUUCAAAGUUAGCAGGAAGUGACACAAACAAGAAUGCAAUUGUGGAGAAAGGGGGUAUGGAUAAGCUAAUCAAGCUUUCAGCGAGAUAUGCCGAUGAUCCUUCUGUUUUGCAAGAGAUCAUGUAUAUUAUUUCUGUGCUCUCGCUAAGAUCCCCAGAAAAUGCAGCCCGUGCCAUUGAAGCUGGUGCUGGCGACCUUGCUAUUCAAGCCAUGCAGAAGUUUCCUGCAGCACACCAAAUGCAAAGAAAUUCCUGUCUUAUGAUCAGAAAUCUUGCAGUGAGAAACCCAGAGAACAGAACUAUUCUGCUUAAUAAUGGAAUUGAGAAAUACAUAAGGAAGGCAAAGCAAACACAUGGCAACUGUAAGGAUGCUGCUACUGAUGCCUUGAGGGAUUUGGGGCUCGAUAGUUACAACUUGUAGCUGAUAAAUUUUUCAUCUAUGUAUCCUCUUUUCGUGUAACAUUAUUGAUAUUCACUUGAUUCCGAAGAAACACGAGUGUGUGACUGCAUCUUUCUAUCAUCUCUUUACCAAAAUAUAUAUGUACUUUUUUGAACAGAAAAACCAAAUGUUAGGAGUUUGUGUGAUAUAUUAGCAGAAAAGUUGAACUCCUUA